AUUUUUUAGGCCAAAUUUCCUUUUAUACCCUUACUAAAAAAAUCAUAAUCUCAAUUACAUCUUAUAAUGUGACCAGAUUAUACCAUUUAACCAACACCAUUAAUUAUUGAUUCCCACCUAAUUCUUUUUCCACUUAUUUAUUCACCAACCAACUUUAUUCAAUGAUUCAAACCACUUCACUGAAAUUUCCAGAUUUGGGGAAAAUUGAAAACCCUAGUUCAUCUACUACGUAAGGUCAUCCUCUUACUCCUCCAUAGCUUUCUUUCUCUUUCCUCCAUGAUUAUCUCUCACCUUCCUCCAUGAAUUUCUCUCUCCUCCCUUGAUGUAACCCGCAAAAUCUCUUCGACUACCUCAACAAACCCACACAAAUUCUCCAGAUCGUGAAAUUAUUGAGCACAAAAUUCUCUCAAAAACCCACAGAUCUACACUUUAAUAUGGUGAAUUUGAAGCCCCUAUGUGACGCAAUCUUUGAGAGUGAUUGUGAUGAAGAAAUGGCGCUCCUUGUUAAGUGUAUUGAGUCCAUUGAGCAGGACACUCCUUGGGCGAAAAAUUUGUACAUUCAUAACAAAGGUCGUGAUAUUUUGAGUGAGAAAUCGCUCGAAGCUUUGCUUACAGUUAUCGCCGAGGUCGAGGAUGAAAAAGCGGAACAACAAGCCGCUGCCGCAUUGCAGUUGGGGGCAGAAAAGGUGACUGAUGGUCGUGUUGUUGAUGGUGGGAAUUGCUCCUCGAUGAAGGUUAAAAAAACUGAGGGGAGCGGUUCCAGUAAACAAAGGCAGCCGUGGCCUCGAAGGGCUAGACUAAGUCCUAAGAGGGCUAAAAUAUGUGACCCCGAUGAAGAAGAAGCUGCGGCUUUGCCUUCUCCUCCUGCCUCUGCUGGUCUAAAUUCUUAGAAGGAAAAGGUUGGAUCGGGCCUAGUUGUGAAUGAGGACGGGGUUCAACUAUCUACCACUAAAAAUGAAGUGAAACUUUGAAGAUGUUGGAUUUGCUGAAGGGAAUAUGAUUAAAGGCUGGAGUUGCAAGAAUUGUUUUCUUUUUUCUUUUUCUUUUUUUCUAGUGGGUCUGUAAUAAUUUCAGAGACAUUAUGUUUAAUGGAGGGAGUUAGAAUUUUGUGAACUUCAUUGAAUGAAGGGGUCUGUAGUUCUGUACUUGUGUAUUUAUAUGGUCUCCUUAAAUUAAGUGGGAAAAUUGAAGGGAUUGUUGUUUAAAUUUGGUGAAUAUAUCUGACAGAGGGAAACAAUCUCUCUCCUAAAAAUUCUGGAGAGAAACUUUCCCCCUAAAAAAUCUGUACAGAUUUCCCUCCCCCAAUUAAUGAAAAUCUGGUCCCCACUUUCUCUCUCCUCAA